AUGCAGGGGACGUGUUGGUGCGCCGUGCUGCUGCUGCUGACGCCAGCCCUUUACCUGGUCUCCACUGUCAACGCCUCCAAGUCCGACUUGGUGAAGGGGGGCACCCCCAAGUCCAUGCUGAAGCACAUCUGGAGCGACGGCGCCAAGGACCUGUCCAUCAGCCGGCUGCUGUCCCAGACGCUGCAGGGCAAGGAGAACCGCACGGCCAUGGACCUGCGCUACGACACGCCCGAGCCCUACUCCGAGCAGGACCUGUGGGACUGGCUGCGCAACGCCACCGACCCGCUGGACCCCCGCUCGCGCACGAAACGGCGGCCCAUGGUGAAGACGGGCAAGUUCAAGAAGAUGUUCGGCUGGGGCGACUUCCACUCCAACAUCAAGACGGUGAAGCUCAACCUGCUGAUCACCGGCAAGAUCGUGGACCACGGCAACGGCACCUUCAGCGUGUACUUCCGCCACAACUCCACGGGCCAGGGCAACGUGUCCGUCAGCCUGGUGCCGCCGACCAAGAUCGUGGAGUUCGACGUGGCGGCGCAGCAGUCGGUGAUCGACGCCAAGGACUCCAAGUCCUUCAACUGCCGCAUCGAGUACGAGAAGGUGGAGAAGGGCUCCAAGAACGCGCUGUGCAACUUCGACCCGUCCAAGACGUGCUACCAGGAGCAGACGCAGAGCCACGUGUCCUGGCUGUGCUCCAAGCCCUUCAAGGUCAUCUGUAUCUUCAUCUCCUUCUACAGCACUGACUACAAGCUGGUGCAGAAGGUGUGCCCGGACUACAACUACCACAGUGACACCCCCUACUUCCCCUCCGGCUGA